UUUCUCACCACAACACAACACAAAGCUCUCUCUAAUUUCCUCUUUUAAUACAUCAAAAUUAGUUUUUUUCCUCUCUCUCUCUCUGUCUAAAUGGCGCCGACAGUUAAAACGGCGGCCGUUAAAACUAACGGCGGAGACGGCGGAAUCAAAGAAAACCGUUACAGAGGAGUAAGAAAGAGGCCAUGGGGUCGUUACGCCGCCGAGAUCAGAGAUCCGACGAAGAAGACUCGAGUCUGGCUCGGCACUUUCGACACUCCAGAAGCGGCGGCUCGUGCCUACGACAAAGCCGCUCUUCGGUUCCGUGGCGCUAAAGCCAAAACCAAUUUCACUCAUCCUUUCCCCGACGGCGAGAGCCCGAGCCAAAGCAGCACCGUCGAAUCAUCGUCGUCGUCGAUUCCCGAUCUCAAUCUCGGAUCCGUCAAUUCCAGAUUCCCUUUCCCGAAGAUUCAGGUCAAGUCUGGGAUGAUCGUGUUCGACCACGACGAAUCGGCGAGGAGUGAAUCGGAUUCGUCGUCUGUGGUGAUGGAUCAAAGUCCUGAGAGACGACGUGUGUGUUUGGAUUUGGAUCUCAAUUUCCCUCCCAAGCCUGAGAACUAAUUUUUAUGAUUUUUAGAUGAAUUAAAAAAAGUUCUGAAAUUUGAAAUCAAGUAUCUGAUAAAACUUAGAUUGAGCUUGUCGUCGUGUCUUACUAAGUUGGUGCCAAAUUUUUUUUUUUUUUUGGGUCAGCAGAAAAUUUAAAAUGAAUUAUUAGUGCUCUCAUCUGCUGUUGUUUAUCAUUUAAUUGUAACUCUCUUUUUUUCUGAUCAACAGAAAAUAAUACUUUGUUUUGGCAU